AUAUUGGGGAAGAUCAUGACCAGCUGUCAACCGCACCCCCAGGAUGAGGAGCAGAGCCCCCAGCUGAGCACCUCAGGGUACCCCCGCCAGGAGGUGGUAGAUAAUGAAGUGUUGGGACCAUCAGCCCCUGGGGUAGAUCCUAGUCCCCCACGUAGGUCCCUUUGCUGGAAAAGGAAGAGGGAGUGGUCGGACGAAUCUGAGGAGUCAUCGGAGGAGGAGCCAGAGAAGGAGCUCGCCCCUGAGCCUGAGGAAACCUGGGUGGCGGAGACGCUGUGUGGGCUCAAGAUGAAGCUGAAGCGACGGCGAGUGUCACCUGUGCUCCCUGAGCACCACGAGAUUCUCAACAGGCUGCUUGAGGAUCCUGUCGUUAAAAGAUUCCUGUCCUGGGACAAAGAUCUGAGGGUGUCCGACAAGUAUCUCCUGGCUAUGGUCAUAGCAUAUUUUAGCCGUGCUGGCCUCUUCUCCUGGCAAUACCAACGCAUUCAUUUCUUCCUGGCUCUCUACCUGGCCAAUGACAUGGAGGAGGACAACAAGGCCUCCAAACGAAACAUCUUCUACUUCCUGUACGGGAAGAACCGAUCCCAGAUACCCUUGUUCCAUAAGCUUCGGUUCCAGUUCUUCUGUUCCAUGCGCUGCAGGGCUUGGGUUUCCCUGGAGGAGUUGGAGGAGAUCCAGGCUUAUGACCCAGAGCACUGGGUGUGGGCACGAGAUCGUGCCCGCCUUUCCUAGAGCACCAGGGACCAUGGAGGCCUGAGGUCAUCGGCCU